AUGUGGAUCAUCACCCAUGGCUUUAAUAAUGGUGUCGCCAAGUUGAUUGGAGAGGCAGUGAAGGAGUACAACAUUAAGCAGCAAAACUCUCGGAUCGUCAGCAACCAGUAUCUUAGUUUAGCCGAGAGGAUGAAAAGACGUCUACCAGUCAUUGGCAUCGUGCCAAAAGACAAGGUGCUGUCAGGUGCACAUUUGGAUGAAAUGACGAGUGUUACUGCAAUGAAAACCACAGUGAUCCCUGAUGUUCCUUGGUUGAACCUGGACCACUCGCAUUUCAUCAUUGUUGAUGAUGACGAAAGGGAGGGACUUGUAGGCAGUCUGAGAUGCAGAAUAGAGGCCCAUUUCCGCAAGCAGUUUGGCACUAAGAAGAGAUUGAUCCAAACGAUGAGCAUGGGAGAGGACGGCCAAUGCCCGACUGAUGUCAGUGAUACGCAGACCAUAGAAGCGCAGUAUGUGGGUGAGGUGAUGAAGCAUGCCAUUCCAGUGUUGGGACUCCUUGUUCAAGGUCACCCACACAACCUUGAUCACGUGAUGUACUUUCUGGAAAACAAGAUGCCUAUUGUCAUACUGAAGGACAGUGGUGGUUUGGCUGCUGUUCUAGGAUAUGUACAUCAUGAGCUGCAUGAAAAGGCAGAUUUAGAUCCAGACUUUGAACAGAAUACACUGAAGCCAGAGCUGAUCAAGAUGAUUGUGCGUAUCUUCGGCUCCAAGUACGAGGACAAUGAAGUGGAGAAGCUGCAACUCAGAGAUAAGAUAAUCCAGUGUGUGAAAAUGGCACAUGAUGGUGAAGCCUCAUAUAUCACAGUUGUGACUGCAAACACAGUGGGCGGAAACAACCUGAAGGAUCUCGAUAAGUUCCUUCUAAAGGCGCUCUUAAAGAGUAAAAAAACGGAGGGUGUGAACAGACAAGAGCAGCUGCAGAAUGAUCUUCAGCUGAUGAUUGACUGGAACCGGCCGGAUCUGGCAGCAGAAAUAUUCCAGCUUGAAACUGUUAAAGUCCGGAUUGACAGGAAGAUGUUUGAGAAGGCCCUACUCCAAAAAGAACGGGAGAAGUUCAUUGACCUCUUCAUCACGCAGGGGGUGAGAGUUCACCGGUACCUGAACCGCGAGAAGCUCAAAUUGCUGUUUGAGAAAGCUGAGGACAGAGAAUUCUUCAUAACCGUGUGUCUUAAGGGAAUGUUGGGAACCAAAGUGACUACAGAUAAAGUCCUGGGCACCCAUUUCAUGUCCAAGCAGUUGAACCGUAUGCUGAAGAGACUGACACUGCUCGACAGGUUCAUUGUGCCCGGGGAGCUCACCCAGAAUGCAGUUGGAAACUACAAGAACACGGAGGAUGCUAAUGUGGCUGAGAGAAAGGCCCUCAACUGUCUGAUGGUGUGGGCAGUGCUGAUGCACCGACACAAGCUGGCCAAGACCUUAUGGAGCCACUGUAACGAACCGAUAGCCAUGGCCCUGCUGUGCUCCCGUAUCUAUAAGAAGAUGAUACGAUACCACCGGGAGCAGUACCAGAAGACAGAGCUGGAGAACCUAUCCAAAGAAUUUGCGGGCAUGGCCCUGGGUGCACUGAAUAUCUGCUUCAAGGAUGCGAGCGCCCAAGCGUUAUACAUGCUUGGAAAACAAAUGCCUGACUAUAACGACAAGACAGUGGUGGAGAUCGCACACGACGCCCGCGCCAUUCACUUCAUGGCCCACCCUUGCGUCCAAAAGUGGUUGACACAACUUUUCAAGGGAAACUUGCAUGUCAAAGAGCUGGAAUGGGGCUUUUUCAGGCUGCCAUACUGGUUCAAGAUUCUGACAAGUGUCUGGCUGAUAUUUCCCAUGUACCUCUGGAUUCGCUUCACUCCUCCUGCCAAGAUGGAAGCAAUAGAGUAUGAGGUAGCUGUGACAGGAGAAGAGGAGGAUGAAGAUGAUGAUGAUUGUACGGAUGAAGCCAACACAUCCUAUCGGAGGAAAAAGGCGUCAUUCGGUCAGAUCUUGCUCACAGGCAAGACAAAUGUCCCAUUCUACCUGAAAUACUACCUUCUCUGGACAGCACCUGUCACCAAGUUUUGGAACACACAGUUGUUCUACUUCAUGUUCCUGGGCGUGUUUUCCCUGGCUACCCUGUGGCCGACAUGUGGCAACUGGACACUGGACUGCGUCGUCUUCCUCUCUGCCCUAAUGAUAGAAAUGGAGCUAGUCUGGACAACAUACAAGAAGAAACAGGUUGCUAAGAUGGGACAAACGUGCAGCAGUGUGUUGGAGACGGGUGCUGAUCGGGGUAGCUAUGGCUGGAACAAUCAGCACAUUGAUCGGUUUACGCCCCUUCCGGUAAAGAUCAGAAUGAUGAGGUUCAAAACAAUGACGAUGAUGAGUAGCUACAUGGACCUCACUCUGAUCGGUAUCUUCCUCAUCACCAUGUUGAUACGACUGCUGGACAUCUGGCAUGGAAUCUCACACUACACUACGGUGGCAUUGCUGAUACGACUGCUAGACAUCUGGCACGGAAUCUCUGACUACACAAUGGUGACCAUGUUGAUACGACUGCUGGACAUCUGGCAUGGAAUCUCAGACUACACUAGGAUGUUGAUACGACUGCUGGACAUCUGGCAUGGAAUCUCUGACUACACUAGGACUGCACUAGGGUAUGUGGCCAUGUUGAUACGACUGCUGGACAUCUGGCAUGGAAUCUUAGACUGUACUGGGGUAGUGGACCAUGCUGAUACGACUGCUGGACUUCUGUCACGGAACUCAAACUACACUAGGGUGACCAUGUUGAUACCACUGUUGGACAUCUGGCAUGGAAUCUCUGACUACACUAGGGUAGAUGACCAUGUUGAUACGACUGUUGGACAUAAGGCAUGGGUAGGUGACAAUGCUGAUACGACUGCUGGACUGCUGGCAUGGAAUCUCAGACUACACUAG